GGAUAAAAUCUUUUAGACUAAUUUUUAUAUUAAAAUAUUCCUUGAGAGGCCUCAAAAGUUACAGUUCAUGGUACAGCACUUCGGCAAAUGGAAGUAGACGACGUGAAAUCCACACACUAUUUAUUUCCACUUGUUUAAAUAAGGCAGACAACUGCAGCCAUUCAGACAAAUCAUCAAACACAUUGUGUGCGUGUUUCUCCGAUGAAACUGAGGCAUAUUUCUUCAUUCAAAUUCAAGCUCUUCAAACCAUGCAAGAGAAUCCUCCACCUCUUCAAGUUCCGCCUCCGGAGACCCGUCUGCAUCAGGCCCCUUCAUUCCCGCCGCCGCCACCACCGGAAACCCAAAAUCAAGAGUAAAUUACAGGAAGGGUGCAUCUCAAAGAUGCAGUCUUUCUUGCACUCGCUGAGGGAGAAGAGAUCGGAGAAGACGGGCCGAGUGGCGAUGCUGACGACGUCGAGUUAUUCCGACCACAGGGCGCCGCACUCGUCGCCGCUCACGCCGGCGUAUGUAAGGAUGGGUGGGCCCCAUAAAAGAGAUCGAGCAGUAGUGGCGAUACCAGAUGAUGAUGACGUGGAAGAUGCGUGCAAGAGUUUCGAGAAGUAUCUGAUAGAGAUGAUCGGAGAAGAUGGGAAGAUGAGAGAUUUGGUCGACGCAGAAGAGCUUCUUGAAUGCUGGAAGAAUCUGAAUUCUCCGGUGUAUAUUGAUUUGGUCUGCAGAUUCUAUGGGGAGCUCUGCAAAGAUUUGUUCUCCAAUAGUUCAUGACAAUUGUUUAUUUUUAAUGUAAAUUACAAAAA